AUAAUAACAAAGAAACGAGAGCCGAAAAUCAAAAUUCAGAAAAUUGGAGGUCUCAUAAUUGUAGCCAUCGUUCCCCUCUGGAACCCUAGAUAAUUCGUUCCAGGAUCAGCAACUCAAACCCAGAGUGUAGGUGAAGUAAAGGAGACAAUGAAUAGGAAGAGAAAAGAUGAUGAUGGGAAAAUCGAAGUAAAGAAGCCAAAGCUUGAUCGGGAAUCUUCUUUAACUCCUCCCUCAGUCAUCGAUAAUCCUCUUCUUCCACUUGCUUCUUAUGAUGAUGAUGACGAUGAAGAAGAGGAUAUAAGGAGGGGCAGAAUUAUUAAUGAGGAUGAACAGAUAGAUGGAAAGAUUGGAGACAAUGGUGUUAAAGAAGAAGAGGAAGAUGAUUAUUCUGAUGAUGAACAAGACAUGUUUCAAGGUAGGCGCAACCGCCAGAUUGAAAUCAGGAGGGACUGUCCUUAUCUUGAUACUGUCAAUCGCCAGCUUGUUUUCUGUUUAUCAGGUUCUGGACUUCGAUUUCGAGAAAUUUUGUUCUGUCUCUCUCUCAAAUCUGAACGUGUACGCAUGUUUAGUAUGUGGAAAGUAUUACCAAGGCAGGGGUCGUAAGUCUCAUGCAUAUACUCACAGCCUCGAAGCAGGGCACCAUGUUUAUGUCAACCUUCAAACAGAAAAAGUUUAUUGCCUUCCUGAUGGAUACGAGAUUAAUGAUCCGUCAUUGGAUGAUAUUCGACAUGUUUUGAACCCAAGGUUUAGUAGGGAUCAAGUUGUACAGCUUGAAAAGAAUAAGCAAUGGUCAAGAGCCCUUGAUGGUUCGGACUAUCUUCCUGGGAUGGUGGGACUCAAUAACAUUAAGGAGACCGAUUUUGUGAAUGUCAUUAUACAGUCGUUAAUGCGAGUUACUCCUUUGAGGAACUUCUUUCUCAUUCCUGAGAACUAUCAGCAAUGCAAAUCGCCUCUUGUUCAUCGAUUUGGUGAACUCACUCGAAAGAUUUGGCAUGCACGGAACUUUAAGGGCCAGGUGAGUCCCCAUGAGUUCUUGCAGGCAGUCAUGAAAGCCAGCAAAAAACGUUUCCGGAUAGGAGCACAGUCCGAUCCAGUGGAGUUCAUAUCCUGGCUACUAAACACACUGCAUGCUGAUCUCAGAAGCUCGAGAAGUAACACAAGCAUCAUUUACAAGUGUUUUCAGGGGGAGCUGGAGGUUGUCAAAGAGACUCAUGGAGCUGAACAUGGCAAGGUAGUGAUGGAAACUACUAGAAUGCCUUUCUUAAUGCUUGGACUUGAUUUGCCACCUCCUCCUCUUUUCAAAGAUGUAAUGGAGAAAAAUAUUAUACCACAGGUUCCAUUAUUUAACAUACUGAAGAAGUUUGAUGGUGAGUCUAUUACAGAGGUUGUGAGGCCUUCCAUUGCCAGGAUGCGGUAUCGAGUCACCAGAUUGCCUCAAUAUCUUAUUCUCCAUAUGCGUCGGUUCACGAAAAACAAUUUCUUCAUAGAGAAAAACCCAACUCUUGUCAACUUUCCUGUGAAGAACCUCGAGCUCAAAGACUACAUUCCGUUACCUGCACCAAAAGAAAAUGAAAAGCUACGCUCAAAGUAUGAUUUGAUUGCAAAUAUUGUUCACGACGGAAAGCCUGGGGAAGGGGUUUAUAGAGUAUUUGUACAGCGGAAAUCAGAGGAAUUAUGGUAUGAGAUGCAGGAUCUUCAUGUUGCCGAAACACUUCCUCAGAUGGUUGCUCUAUCUGAGACUUACAUGCAGAUAUAUGAGCUGCAGCAGCAGUGAUAGAGAUUCAAGGUUUUGGUUGUUCGUUUGAUGAUACAGAUUGUUGUUUAAUCCCAUAUUUUGGAAGUGCUAUGGAGACGUUUCCAUAAUUAAUUUUGUUGUUUCCUUCCUGGAAGGUUCUUCUACUGUAGUAGGGAUCUGGCACUGUGUGUUGGUGCUGAUUGAACCUUUUUUUUCUUCACAGAAAAUAGAGCACUUACAUAUCGGUCUUCAAUUCUACAAAGAACAGUCUCGGACUCGAGGGAUCAUAUCUUAUGACUAAGCACAGUGUACUAGCUUUUAAAUAGUUAUUCUGAAUCCAUCUUUCAUUUAUGUA